AUGAAGCUUGGCAUCGUCACUUUUGCGGUGGGUGCUUUUGCACUGCAGCUGCUUCCACCACCCAUAGCAGCACCAGCAAGCGGGCAGCCAGAUCUCUCUGCCUCGUUCAGAUAUAAGGAUGUCGCCAAGUCGAUAUAUAUCACGCGGGACCUCGCUUCACAUAGGGACCUGGGAGGUCUGACGCUGAUCCCGCCUUCAGGGCAAGAGUUCGCCCAGAUCUUUCGAGAUGAACUGGCCGACCUGACAAAGGAGGACUGGUCGCUAGAAGUGGUUGACAGCCUCGCUGAGGACGCCUCGGGCAUCCUGCUUUCCCUCUACAACGGCAGCGAGAGCGACUUCACGUACGCCACUGGUGCCCCCACCGAGGAAGGCUACCAGCUUAUCAUCAAAGGAGAUAAAGCGACCAUCUCUGGAGCUGGAGCUCGGGGAGUGUUCUGGGGCACAAGGACGUUGCUCCAGUAUCUCAUCGUGAGCAACUGGACCGAGGUACCAGGCAUCUCGGUCAAGGAGGCGCCAAACUACCCAACAAGGGGCUACCUGCUCGAUGCCGGAAGGAAAUGGUAUUCGCCCGCGUUCCUGAAGGACCUAUGCACAUACGCGUCCUUCUUCAAGAUGUCUGAGUUUCACUACCACACCAGUGACAACUACCCCCUGAACCGAGGGCACAACGAGACGUGGACCGACGUAUACACGCAGUUUUCUCUCCACCCUGAGGACGAGGAGCUGGCGGCCGGCCUCGUGCAGAGGCCCAACCAAACCCUGAGCCGGGCGGACUUUGAGGAUCUCCAGCAGCACUGUGCUCAGAGGGGCAUUACGGUGAUCCCCGAGAUUGAGGCUCCGGGCCACUGCCUCGCCAUCACCAAGUGGAAGCCCGAGCUGGCCCUGGCCAAGAAGGACCUUCUGAAUCUGACGCAUCCGGACAGCGUGCCGACGGUCAAGCGCAUCUGGGCCGAGUUCCUACCCUGGUUCCAGACCAAGGAGGUGCACAUCGGAGCCGACGAGUACGACGCGACGCUGGCGGACGACUACAACCACUUCGUCAACGAGAUGGCCGCCUUCGUGAACGCCACCUCCGGCAAGCGCGUCCGGAUCUGGGGCACGGAAGAGCCCUCGAACCGGACCACCAUCGCCCGCGACGUCGUCGUGCAGCACUGGCAGCUGGGGCAGUCGGACCCGGCGCAGCUGCGCCGCGACGGCCACGCCCUGAUCAACUCGGCCGACUACUGGGCCUACAUGUCGCUCAAGAACGACCACAUGCCCAUCUCGCCGGCGCCGUACCCGCAGUUCUUCAACACGACGCGCAUCGUCGUGCCCCGAGACGGCGAGGCCAACAGCGCUAGCUGGCAGUGGGACCCGUCCUUCUUCAACACCAGCGCCGCCAACACCACGCAGCAGCUCGUCCCGGUCGCCGGCGGCGAGGGCGACAGGGGCGCCAUCCUCGCCGCCUGGAACGACAACGGGCCCGACGCCACCACGCAGCUCGAGGCCUACUACGCCAUGCGCAAGGGGAUCCCGCUGAUCGCGGCCAAGGCGUGGAACGGCGGGCGGAUCGAGCAGCCCGGCGACGUCGAGGCCCUGCUCGAGUACUGGGCCACACACGCGCCGUCGCAGGACCUGGAGCGGCACCAGACGAGCUUCGUCUCGUGGACCCGCGGCGACGAGGACGAGAACACCCCGGUCACACUCGGCGGCGGCAGCAGGGGCCUGAACUACACGCUGACGCUGUCCGUCACGGGGCCGUUCACGCUGUCCUCGGACGACGCGGCGCUCUCCCUCCUGCCGAACGAGAGCCUGGUCUUCAGCGCCGACGGUUAUGAGUACCCGCUGCGGGCGGUGGCCGAGGCCGACGGGUUCGACCCGGGCCACCCGGGCCGCAUCUGGGUGAACGCCACGACAUCGUCGCACGAGCCCGUCGCCGUCGCGGCGCCGGCCGAGGUCACCAUCACGGGGGACGCCGUGGGCGGUGCCCGGGUGUGGGUUGACGGCCGCUUUGCGGGCCGCUUCGAGGUCUUUGUCUUUGGCGGCCGCAACACGCAGUUCAGCUGGAGCCAGAUGGCCUUCGUGGCGCCGCUGCAGACGGUGACGGGCGGUGUGCAGAAGAUCGUGCUCGCUGGCUCGGGCGGCGGUGGAGGCAACGGCACGCAGCCCGGCGGAGGCAACGGGACCAGUACGGCGGCCGCGCCGAGCCCGACAACAUCGCUGCAGUAUGCUGGUGCGAUGUCAGGACGCGGCGCACACAGGAUGUGGAGCGUAGCCGGAGCCGCCUGUCUCGUAUCUUGCUUGGUCAUAUUAUAA